CGGAUUUUUCUGUCCCUUUCCUUUCAGUCUCUCUCAGUCACAGUGUCUGCUUUGUUUACUUUCGCCGUGACGAUCUCGCAAAAUGCUUGCUAGAACCCUCGUCCAGAAGCUCCCCAUUGGCGCUCGCGCCUUCAGCUCGACAUGCGCCCGCAACGCUGCCGAGGUCAAGAGGCUCGGUGUCGUUGGCGCCGGCCAGAUGGGCCUGGGCAUCGCCCUCGUCGCCGCCACCAAGGCCAGAGUCCCCGUCACCCUUGUGGAUGCCUCUGAAACGUCUCUAGACAAGGGCCUUGCAUUCGCCGACAAGCUCCUCAGCAAGGACGUGGCCAAGCAACGCAUCACUCAGGACGAGGCGGACGCCGCCCGCGCGCUCCUCCAGCCCACCACCAUCCUCGAGGACCUGGACAGCGUCGAUUUUGUGAUUGAAGCCGUGCCCGAGAUCCCCUCGCUCAAGUUCGACAUCUUCUCCAAGCUGGCCGAGAUCUGCCCCAAGCACGCCAUCUUAGCCACCAACACCUCCUCCAUCUCCAUCACGCGCAUCGCCGCCUCAACCACCAAGGACCCCAACGACACCUCCAACAGCUCGCGCGUCGUGUCCACGCACUUCAUGAACCCGGUGCCCGUUCAGAAGGGCGUCGAGAUCAUCAGCGGCCUGCAGACCAGUCAAGAGACGCUCGACACGGCCGUCGAGUUCUGCAAGAAGCUGGGCAAGAUCCCUUCCAUCUCCAAGGACAGCCCGGGAUUCUUGGCUAACCGCAUCUUGAUGCCUUACAUCAACGAGGCCAUUAUCUGCCUUGAGACUGGCGUUGGCGACCGUGACUCUAUCGAUGCUAUUAUGAAGAACGGCACCAACGUGCCUAUGGGCCCCCUCCAGCUGGCUGACUUCAUCGGUCUCGAUACCUGUUUGGCCAUUAUGAAGGUACUGUACGAGGAGACGAGCGAUUCCAAGUACAGACCGAGCGUACACUUGCGCAACAUGGUCGAUGCUGGCUGGUUGGGCAAGAAGAGUGGCAAGGGCUUCUAUGACUACCAAUAGAUGUCUGACGAGAAUGUGCAAAGGGAGGGUUUGUUAGCGAGGAAUGGGCGACAUAAAUUGAAGAGCGGCGGGUUCAUAUUAUGACAGCUUUGAUGGUCUCGGGGGAAUGCGUACCAUUUAUACCAAGCGAUGUCAGCGCGCACAACCAAACAAGGACAUAUGUACACAACAACAGGACCGGGAACGGCGCCGGGUAGAGAAGCUCACUCGAGACACUCGUGAGUUGACCAGUAAGAGGCUGCGUUUCAGCUACGAGUGUUCUGAUAGACGUUGGGGUAUAUAAAGCACGUCAAUUUGGAUAGGAUAAUGCAUCACUUUUGUCAGAUUUU